AUGGCCUCAAAUCCUUUUAGCCCCCAAAGCCCACAGCAGGUGCAACCACCCUUGACUGCGCAUCCGCUCGCCCUCGCAGUCUUUAAAGACCCUAACAAUCAAAUCAUGUCCCACCAGAGUGUACCACUCCCUAGCAUACGCGACAUCUUCCCCGAAAUUUCCAUUCGGACACAGACUUUGUCUCAGGACUCUGAUUUAUCACUAACUUCUGAUCAAAUCCGCCGCGGCAGUAUAGCUCGUCACCGCGGUCCAAAACCGUAUCGUCCGGUUGAUUCGGCACUAGAACAUACAUCCUCCGUCAUUCGUAGUCUCCCAUCUCCACCCCCAUCUAGCUCCAGUUCAGAGUCUGCCCCGAAUCGUCAAUUAUCAUAUCGUACACCACAGGGUUUAGACACUCUUCCAACUGCCGCUAGUUAUUCCUUCAAUGUCCUUCGUGCUGACCCUGUCACUUCCUCACUCGAGCAUGUCGCUUCUAGCACUAAGUUGCGUAGUCGCGGAUCAUCAUCCUCUCAGGGAAAUCCAGGGGCGGGGAUCGCUAAUGGAUCGACACCAGCUUUCCGCGUUUCUAUGACUUCCUUUGUUCCCCCUCGGCAGUCACAACAACGCCAUAAACACAGAUCACCUGAUGCUGUAUAUGCUCCCCAAAGCCCACGGAACGAUGCCUUCAAGGUCCCUAGUCCAACCCAACAUCUUCAAGACACCAGACCACAGCCUUCGUCUUCCGUCUUGUCCUUUUCUGUAUCAGACCCUCCUAAUUCUGCAUCCACUGUCAUGACAAAUGACGGAAGGAGACCAUACCUAAAAUCAUCUGACCACCUAAGCACGAUGCUGCACGGAGAAGGGCGCGGUAAGAAGCACCAGUGUCCUCAUUGCGGCAAGCGCUUCAAUCGCCCCAGCAGUAUGAAGAUCCACGUAAACACGCACACGGGAGCAAAACCAUAUCAGUGCCCAUAUCCAGGCUGUGGCCGCGAAUUUAAUGUCAACUCCAACAUGCGUCGCCAUUGGCGAAAUCACACGAGACUGUCUGCGGGCCAUUUGGCUGACAUGGAUGGGCGUGGUCCAUGUGACCAAUCGCCGUUCCCUUCGGAUAGGUUGGGGCACGGUCAAUCGCUAGCCUCGCCACCCGCAACAGACUCGGAAGAAUCAGAUGACGAUCUUUCUGACGACGAUUCCCACUACGCAAUGGAUGGUCGCACAGAAACUCGUUUUGGUCGCGAUCGCCUUCCCCAACCCGAAGAACUUCCACUUAUAGUUAUCCCCGCCCACGUCCGCCUUCUCAUCUCGGCCCGUCGCCACCGCACGCCACAGAGUACCUUUAUAGACCAUCAAACCCAGCCUACGUUCGCUCUUGCACAGAUUCACGGGUUUCCACAGCUCUACGACCUGCAUUCCCGUGUGACACGUCGGGUCGCGCCGUCGGAAGGCACAAUGGUGUCUUGA